UAGUUGGCGGUGUAGCAACAUUGCCGACAAGCUGCACCGUAGAAGAAGAUUAAAAGCUAACCGUGUACACUUACAGCGACAUUUUGCUAAUGUGAGACAGAAAAGAUAUUAAAAAUGGACAAAAAGAAAAAGCCGUUUGACGUGACAGCCUCUUCUCUGGUGGACCUGAAAGCUGAACUGUACAGAAAGCAGGAGCAAUUCAAACAGGAGAGACUUGGACAAGAACACACUGGAUAUAAAGCACCGAAAGUGAAAGUGAAGAAACCUAACGUUUGGAACAAGCAAAACUCUGGUGUUUCUGCAAGAGCUGACAAAGAUGCAGAACAACUGGCUGAGGAGCAGCAAAGCAUUGACAAUGCAAGGAGCAAGCUGGAGGAGAAAGCCAAACUCUACGAGCAGAUGACAAAAGGAGACUUUCCAGAUGAAGAAACCGAGGGUUUGUACCUGGUGGAUUUUGCUCAGAAGAUUAUCGACAAAAGAAGAGAAGGACGCGCAGAAAGUGAGGACGAAGAAACGGGAAGAUUGUCUCCUAUUCCCCCUCCUCAGAACCCGGAUGAGGAAUGGGUCGACUUUGUGGACGCUUUGGGACGAUCUCGGCGGUGCAUGAAGAAGGACUUGCCGGAUUUUAAGAAACUAGACCAAGACCUUCAUGGAAAUGGAAGAGUGCCCACUGACAAGACCUUACUGUCAGAGGACAUGCGCCGAGACCUCCAGAGGCAGGAGUGGGAGCGAGAAGAAGAGGAGGCCAUGAAGAAGCCCGUUGGACCCAUUCACUACGAAGACAUCAGGGCCCAAGAGGCUCGGGACCUGGGUGUCGGCUACUUUGCCUUCGCUCAGGACGAGGAGAAUCGGGCAAAGCAGAGGAAGACCUUAGACAUGCUGAGGGAUCAGACAACCGACCAGCGCAGCAAGCGAGAACGACUGAAAGAGAAGAAGAAGGCCAUCCUGAAAGCCAGACUGGCCAAAAUAAAGCAGAGGAAGAUUAAGGCAAGGGGCGGUGUUGCAGAAGAAGAACCGGUCGAGGAAGAGAAGGAAGAAGAGGAGGAUGAGAUGGCGCCCUCGCCUCCACCACCAGAGGUCAGCAUACAGAAGAAGGUGGAAGUGGAGAUUCAGGAAAGGAGGGACACCAAACCUGGAGUCCCUUAUGUCCGAGAAUGGGACAGAGGCAAAGAAUCCAUGUUCAGUCAGUGGAAAGGCCGGCGUCAGGAUGAGCGAGAGUCCGAGUUUGCACCUCCCUCCGCAUACUUUUCCGAGGAGUGGCGUCCAAGACAUGCAAAGACACGCAUCCCAGAAAAGAAGAUUCCCAAAAUGUCAUUUAAGGGGACACAAGGCCCGGAUUGGACCACUGAAAAAAAGGACGAUCCGCUGCCUGCUGCUGAAGUUGAGUCUCCUUCUUCCCUUCAACCUCCUCCUACACAGAACCCCUCAGUCCAACCACAGCCUCCGCCCUCAUUUCGCCCUCCCGCUCCUCCCCCUGCCAACCGCCACUAUCCCCCUCCUCCUAUUUAUCCACAUUUUGCUCCUCCCCAAUUUGUAUGUCCACCUUUCCCAUUUCCCCACUUACGGCCUCCCUGCCAAAACCAGUACCCUCCACAGUGUCCACCCCCUAUGCCGCGUCCCUUCCAGUUCCAGCCGCCCCCGCGACCCACGGACCCCAUCCCACCUCAGCCAUUCCCGCAACCCACGGACCCCAUCCCACCUCAGCCAUUCCCGCAACCCACGGACCCCAUUCCACCUCAGCCAUUCCCGCAACCCACGGACCCCAUCCCACCUCAGCCAUUCCCGCAACCCACGGACCCCAUCCCACCUCAGCCAGCCCCAGGACCCACGGACCCCCUCCUACCUCAGUCGUCCCCGCAACCCUCAGACCCCGUUCUACCUCAGCCGCCCCCGCAACCUACAGAGGUUCCACAGGCCCAGCAGCCCCCUCAAGGCUCCUCCCAAAGUCUGGACGACAUGUUGUCCUUCUACAGGAACGCCACCUGAUGAAGUGUGGGAAGAAAAUCAAGAAGGUAAUCUCUUUUAUAUGAAAUUCACACAUGUAAGUAAGUAACGACAUCAAGUGAGAUGUUGUCAAACUCAUCACUCAUUUAGUAUUUAAUAAAUGGAAGCAAAUAUUCUGACUGGGUUUAUUGGGGAGAUAGAACGGCAAGGAGCACCUCAAAUACACUGAGUGGCCACUUUAUUAGACACUAUUGAUCACUGUAUAGAAAUAUUAGAUACAGCUUUCAGUUUGAUGGAUGCAAACUACAAGAACAAUAAUAAUUAUACAGUUGCAAGAAAAAGUAUGUGAACCCUUUGGGAUUACUGGGAUUGUUACAUAAGUAGGGCAUAAAAUGUGUUCAAAUCUUCAUCCAAGUCACAAUAAUAGACAGUCUUUAAUUUAUUUUUUUAGUUAUUCACAGAAAAUAAACAGUACAAAAGGUAACAUUGUUAAAAACAAAGACAAGUAAUGAGAAAUACGUAAUAAGAAAUAAGUGCAGGUGAGAAAAGAAACCCAAGAAGAGCUUAUGCAAGGUUCUCACCUAAAGCAGUAAAUUAACAAACAAAAUUAAACAUAGUAUGUAAAAAUUUACACAACAAGUAGUCUACCUUGUGUGGACAGUGAAGUAUAGGACUACAUUAUAAGGUAGGAACAAAUGGAGAAUGUUGAUUCAUCAGACUGGCCAUUAAUCUAUGUUUAAAGUUACUGAGUGAAGAUUAGGAGUUAGCAAUACAAAGGUGAGUAUUCCACAGUAAAGGACCUCUGUGUUUCAUGGAAAACUGGCAAAAUGUGAUAUGGCCAAAGAUAGGACGGAGAUUAUCAGUUCGUCUAGUCUUAAGAUCAUGAAUUUGCACAUUGGUCUUAAGAUAAUCUUUGAAAGGUGUUUGAAGCGUAUUAGGGAGGUAAGAACAUUUAUAGAUAGAAGAGGAGGACUGAGCUGUUUUAAUAUCAUAAGUAGAUAGUACAUUUAGUUUCCUAAACAAAUAGUUGGAGGAGGUAGUUAUCCUUAAAAAUGUAUUUUGCAUAAUGAAUAAUUUGUGUGAAUGUGAUGGAUAUGUACUAGCCCAGACAAUAUUGCAAUAAACAAGAUAUGGAUACAUUCAACUGUAAUAAAGAGAUGAACCAAACCCA